CCAAUUAUAGACAGCCCAAAAAAGCCUUUUCCAACUUAAUAUCUGGAAAAUAACUUAUUUAAUAAUUAUUAAUAAAUUAAUUUCCCAUCUUCACCGGAAACAAACACACUCUCUCACUGUUUCACGAAAUUGUGAUGGAUUUUGAAUCAGCCACCGCCGAAGAAGACGGAGAUGUAUCGCCGGAGCCGCUGGAAUUACCCACAGGCCCAAUAGAGUGGGACAAAAUCCACCACUCUCCGCCCGGCGCCGCCGUUUCGCCGCCUCCAAGACCCCCCUGGCCAAUGGUAUCCAUCAGAAAACACCAAAUCAGUAGCAGCAACAAAAAUCCCCCAAUCAUCUUCCCUCCCGUCGACCACGAAAAUCUUCAAAUUAACUCAAACCCACGUUCGGAUAAUGCAUCAAUUGCGUCGCGGAUGCAUAUUCGAGAAAAUUCAGAUUCAGCUUCCGAUUCGGAUUUGGAAUCGGUCACCAACUCAGAUUCGUCGGCUUCAUUUUCUCCGUCGGAAUCCAGCCCAGUGGCGCAAUCUCCGCUUCUCUCAAUCCCGAAAACGACGCCGGUAGCCAACCCGGCGAGGUGGUUUAGCUUGUGGGCGGAGAUGCUCUGUUUCAAAGUCAAUGCCAUUUCGCGCUACCUCUGGGCCUCGUCGCGCGGGGUGUUCCCGAGUUUCCGCUCCGCCGCGCUGACGGCGGUGCUGCUGUGUUUUUUGUAUUUCCGGCGGCGAAGGAGAUUGAGAGUAGGAGAAGAGAGCAGUGCUCGUCUUAUUGGCAUCAUCAAAGAGAGAGAUGAGAAAAUCAAGCAAUUGUUGGAUCAAAUAUCCGGGAUGAAUCAAGUGUUGCUCACUCUUCAUAGAGUAUCCACUACGUAAUAAUCGAGUAGUUAGUAGUUGCUGCAUCAUUCUUAUACCGUUAUACGUUAGAAGGUGAGUCCGUUUACGAUGACGGCUCCAUAUGAACGAUUGUUACUGUGAUUAUUUAAUGAUUUAGAUUUCAUUAAAGCAAUCCCCGAAAAUCGAGUCUUUUAGCUCUCUACUAUAAGUUUCUUCAUUCAAUGUUAUACUAUGUUACAUACUUGAACGAGUGUUCAUUGUACAAAGUGUUCGUUCUUUCCUCUAUAUAUGAAUGCCAAAUAUUCAAGAACGAA